CAACCAAUGUAGGUAGACUAACCUGAUUGUAUCCCUUGUUUUCCUGUUUCACCUGUCAGGUAGAACUUCCGCAUUAAAAUGGCGGAGGUGUAAUUUUCGUUUAUAAUUCAUAAUAAUCUCCCGUCUAAUUUUUAAAAGGAAAAAUUAACUGAUUUCCCUGGAUACAAGCGCAUGUUUUCAAGAUGUCUGCCUCAGUUUACAACAGCCCUUACACAUACAAGCCACCUCCACCAAGGAUUGACUACCCUUCCUUUUGUGAGGCAUGUUCUUCUUUAACAUGCAGGUUUGUCCUUGACUCCAAACUAUUAGCCAUAAGUGUGCUACUAUUGGGCAUCUCACUUUUGGUCAUCAUUGGCAUGCUGAUCACCCCUUUCUGGUUUCAACUGGUCCUUGACCCCACUGACGGCACCUUUGGAUCCGAGCCUGUGAAGCGCCAGCUGACCAUUGACUCUGGGCUCUUCUACCUGAGGGAGUCACAGUUUGAUAACACUCUCUUCCUGAACAAGUUCUCUACCAACAGGGAGGUCAUUCCAAAAGUGCUUCAAAGUGCUCAAGUGUGUUCUGUGAUUGGUGGGUGUGUGCUCAUGGGAUGCUUGUUUGCUGGUAUUCUCUUGAUGGUCAGAAGAUUUGCUUCAGCCACUGCCUUGAUAGUCUUGGCAGGAGCAGUAUCAAUGGGAGCUCUGUGUGAAGUCUUUGUGGUCCUGUUUUCUGGCAUUCUUAUUGGCAUGAGCACCUGCAAUCCGUAUGACGACCCUGCCUGCAAGUACGAGAACAACCAAGUCUGGCGUAUGAUGCCCAUCUAUGAUCAGUUUUACCGCAUUGAGCCUCAUGUCACUCCCUUUGUCAAACCUAACUGGGCCUUCUACAUCGCUAUCAUUGGUGCUGCUAUUUGUGUUGUAUCUUCCAUCCUCCUGUGGAUUGAGGCCAUAAGGACCAACCGUAACCUGGAACAUAUUCGCUACCAGCAGCUUCGUCUGAUUCGAGAUCCUUUUGAGCACGACAUUGACCCAACAGAAGGUAGAAAAUACGUCUAUGGUCCACCCACUCAACAUGGGCCGAACACGUAUGGCAUGCAGCCUGUGUUACAUGCUAGCCAGUACUCCGCCCCCUCACGCCAUGAUGAGUACAUCCCUCCAGCCAGUCUGAGAUCUGCUCCAACCGUGUCCUACCAACCACCAACACCAGACUACUCCAGAAAACAUGGGCCACCAUCAAGCACCAGCAGUGUCAGUGGCGCUUACGUCUCUCGGGAAAUUGAUCUAUAAAACGCUGCCCUGAAAUUUUAUCUAUAAGAUGUUGUCCUGAAAAACGUGCUAAAAUAUUUCCGCAGCUAAUAUACCCUGACCUUAUAAAAUUUGUUUCUAAAUAUGUUCAUAGAGUCUAGAAACUAUCUGGGAAUAUUUUUUUGUAUAAUAAAGCUGAAGCUCAUAUCUUAUAUUUAAUUGGUGGCUUGAAUCAAUAUGAACCAAUUAAUGAUUGCCUUAAUGACUUGUAAAUACUUCACUCAUUAACUGUCAUAUACAUUUUUUUUUUACUUUUAGGAAAUAAAAUAAAAAACAUUGAAAUAUCUUUUACUGCUGAAUAUUUUUAAAGCUAAAAAAUAAAGUUUUCAACUUGGGAAGUUUUUAAUUUGGAAAAUGAAACAAUUUUUUAAUAAUACUGGAGUGCAAAAUUCUUUCUGUACAUAUUCAUUUUCAUGUUUAUAGUUUAGUGUUCAUAUAUACACUCAUAUCUUGUACAUAUGAAAUAAUUAAAGCAUCAUUUAUGAACUAUUUGCCUAAUAAGCAAGUAUAUCACCCUAGAUUUCUUAAAAUUUUAAUUUUUCUACUGAUUUGUAUAUACUAUAAAAAUGUAGUCUAAAAAAGUUGGCUAAAAAUCAUUACUUAAGUAGUUCACAUUUGGUUUAAUGUUUAUAAGCAAUAGAGCGCAAUUUUGAAACUGACAAACUAAAACUGGUAUGCAAACAAGGAAGACUUAUGUUAUCUGCAUGAAUUUAACCAUGUUGUAUUGAUCCGUAGUUUCUUGUUAUAAAUUGAACAUUCCUUUUAUACAAUUAAUUACAUUCCAGACAUAAUUAAAACAUUUUUUGUAAUAUUUUUACUUACAAUAAAGUUUAAAUAAGUAUCAAAAUAGUUUUU